AUGUCACUGAAAUACGUCUUUGAUGAGUUUACUCGCCACAAUGGUUAUUAUUUGCCAAUAAAAAUUGGUACUCCGGAAAAAUCUUUCAAUGUUCUACUUGAUACUGUCACAGCAUUACUGUGGGUUCCAGGAUCGGAAUGCGGGCACGAUUUCUGCGAUGGAAAAGCGGAAUAUUCACAUUUGUUGUCACGUACAUGUCGAACAGUUAUCCCUCAUAGAAGAUAUUCCUUUUACACUUAUGAAAGACAAAUACUCGCGUAUGAAUAUGAUGAUGACAUUACGAUUGAUCAAAUCAGUGGUCAACCACUAAAAAUCAUAAAUACAGUCUUUUGGACGCCUUCUAUCUUAAGAUGGGUUGAUGCAACAAGGUACCGUCUAGUAGAUGGAGUUCUUGGUUUGUCAUCUUUAAAUAUCAAUGAUUUUCUGCAUGACAAUCCAAUUCACAAAGUAUUACGAAGUCCAUCAACUGAUCCAAUUAUUACGAUCGCUCUACCACCAAGGAGUAGUUAUAUGACUCCAACGCUUACGCUAGGUGCCAGCGAUGACGAGUUAUGUUCAACAAGCGAUAAGCAAGUAACUGAAAAGCUUGUCUCUACAACAAAUCGCUAUGAUUUUGCAUAUUCAUCAAUUUCUAUUGGCAAUACGACGUUUUCUUUUCGCUGGAGAUUAGCUUUCGCUUAUAUACACACUAUAAAGCCAUACAUUGCUGUCCCAGACUUAAUCAUGCAAGAAUUAAUUCUCAAAUACGAUGCAAAAAAGGAUCCGAACUCAAAUUCAGAUAUGUACUGGGUGGAUUGCAAACAAGCCUUUGAUCCAUUUUAUUUGAGAACAGCCAAUAACACUUAUGUCGUUGAUCCAAGCAAUUUUGUUAUCAAACACGACUAUAGAGAUAGAAAAUGCGAAUUGGCUUUCAGAACACGCCAAGGAUCAAUUGGACCAGUAGUACUUGGAAUUCCAUUUCUUCACCAGUACUGUGCUAUCUUGCGACCUAAUAGGCGAAGUAUCAGCUUCCGUCCUAUGAAUACUUUUCAUCCUAAUGUUACUUGUUACGAUUCUUAUUUGCGAAUGUUUUCUAAUCAAAGAAUCUAA